AUGCCUGGUCUAUCGAAGCCGAUUCCGCCCCUUUACACCGUCUACAUCCUGCGAUCGACUGUACGUCAUUCGUCACUCUAUAUCGGUUCGACGCCUAAUCCACCAAGACGGCUGAAACAGCACAAUGGCGACGCGAAAGGUGGCGCAGUGCGUACAUCACGAGAGACGCUGCGGCCCUGGGAGAUGGUCGGUAUCGUCUCCGGCUUCCCUGGAAUGGUCGCAGCCUUGAAGUUCGAAUGGGCUCUGACAAACCCUCACCUGUCGCUACACAUCCCUUCCACAUCCCGAAUAACUAUCUCAACGCAGAAGAAGCGCAACGGACAUCCUAAGCGGCCACGACACAGCCUUACCUCGAUCAUCUCGAAUCUUCAUCUCCUGCUUCGCGUACCAAGCUUCGCCAGGUGGCCUUUAGAGCUUCGUUUCUUUGCUCCCGAGGUUCACAAGGCGUGGAAGAAGUGGUGCGACACGGCGAACGAGCCAGUGCGCGAGUCGAUCCCGGUAUACACGGACUUUGGGCCUGCACACACAGAUACCACUGCCGAUGAGUCUGGGCCGAUCACCGGAAUAGACGAACCAUGGGGUAUUCAUGCACUUCCGUUGGACUACAAGCCGUUGAAGGACUACGUGACAAAGACAAAUUCGAUAUACACCUUCGAGAGGGAGGGCUCUUGCGUCAUCUGCCGGGAGUAUCUACCGCCCGGAGAGGGUCUCUAUGCGACGUGCCCGAACACGGGAUGCGAGGGUACGGGCCACGUCUCCUGCUGGAGUCGACAUAUGCUUGGGAACAGCGAUGAAGACGUUAUUCCAAUAUCCGGCCAGUGCCCACAAUGCAAGGGCAAGGUGAUGUGGGGAGAGAUGAUGAAGGAGAUGACGCUGCGAGUGCGAGGCGCAAAGGAGGUCGAUAAGCUGCUCAAGAAGCCUCGGAAACGGACAGCUGAAGUUGCAGCUGAAGACAGCGAAUGA